UAAUUACUUUUCAAUUGGCUGGGUGGGAGUUUCCUAAUUCCUAUAUCUGGGUUUUCAAUUCUCUAAAAUUGUUCAUUUCGGAAUUUUAAAUCUCUAAGUUCCCAAUUCAAGAAUUUUUCCAUUUAAUUUCUGCACGUAUAUCCAUUUACGUACAAGCACUAGUCUCCCUGCAACCUGCAAACCUGACCACCUUUCCAUAUAUAUUUAGCUUAGGGUUCCCAAUCCCAUUGCAGAAAACCACCCCACCUUACCAUUUUUCUUCCCUAUUAGCUCUUUCUUUCUUUCUUUCCAAAACGAAUUGAAGAAUAUGGCAGUGAAAGUAACAAAAGGUGAGAAGAAGGUUAACUAUGACAAGAAGCUAUGCAAGCUUCUGGAUACAUAUCAACAGAUCCUAAUUGUGGGUGCAGAUAAUGUGGGUUCUAAUCAGCUACAGAUGAUCCGCAAGGGAUUACGUGGUGACUCUAUCGUUUUAAUGGGAAAAAAUACAAUGAUGAAGAGGUCUAUUAGGAUCCAUGCCGAGAAGACCGGCAAUAAUUCAUUCCUUGCCCUCAUCCCUUGCCUUGUGGGUAACGUGGGAUUGAUCUUCACUAGAGGAGAUCUGAAAGAAGUCAGUGAUGAAGUAUCCAAGUACAAGGUUGGAGCACCUGCUCGCGUUGGCCUGGUUGCACCAAUUGAUGUGGUUGUUCCUCCUGGAAACACUGGACUUGAUCCUUCCCAAACCAGUUUCUUUCAGGUACUCAAUAUCCCAACUAAAAUCAACAGGGGCACGGUUGAGAUCACCAUCCCUGUGGAGAUUAUAAAGAAGGGGGAGAAAGUCGGCUCAUCUGAGUCUGCACUUCUGUCUAAGUUGGGUAUUAAGCCAUUCUCUUAUGGUCUCAUAGUCCAAUUUGUCUAUGACAGUGGUUCUGUUUUCAGUCCUGAGGUUCUUGACCUCACAGAAAAUGAUCUUAUUGCUAAGUUUGCUGCUGGACUUUCCAAUGUUGUUGGUCUUUCUAUGCUUCUUUCAUAUCCUACUCUUGCUGCUAUUCCUCACAUGUUCAUCAACGGGUACAAGAAUGUUCUGUCAUUUGCCAUAGCAACAGAAUACUCAUUCCCACAGGCUGAAAAAGUGAAAGAGUACCUGAAGGACCCAAGCAAGUUUGCUGCAGCUACUGCUGCCCCCGUUGCUGCUAAACCUGCUGCUAAACCUGCUACUGCCAAGGAGGAAAAGAAAGAAGAACCUGCUGAGGAGGACGAUGAUGACUUUGUCGGCGGAUUGUUUGAUUAAGUAGUUCAAUCUAGUGACGGCUUCAGGUCCUGCCUAUAUUAGCAAUGAUGAAUGCUAUUAUGGGUGUCUAUUAGGAUGCUUUUAAACAAUUUCCAUUUUGCUUGCUAUCAUUCCGAUGUUUCAUGCACUGAUGUAUUAGUUCUGUUGUUUCAGUGGAGUUCUAACUUUUGGGUUUGUGUUA